AUGCAUUUUUGUUCUGUGUCUUUACAGAUGGGGCGUGAGUGGGUUUGGUUGGAUUCUGAACAAGACUAUCCCAAUGACUCUGAGUUGAGCAACGACUGCAGGUCCCUCUUCAGUUCAUGGGACUCCAGUCUGGAUCUUGAUGUGGGCAGCUGGAGGGAAACUGAAGAUCCAGAGGCUGAGGAWCUAGAGGAAAGCAGCCCAGGGAGAGAAACUAGUGAGCUGCUUGUGGGAGAUGCAGGCAGUGAGGAAUCUCAGGAAGAGGCAGAGCAAGUCAGCCGCCAGAACCUCCUCCACUUUCUUUCUGAGGGUGAGGUUCAGCUAGAAUCCAAAGAGGAGGAUCAAGGUGAAGGGUAUGCUUCAGAGAUGGAAGACCAGCCCCCUUCAGGAGACUGUGAUGAUGGUUUCAGCAUUCAGGAAACUCCCCUUGUGGAUAUCCUCCUCAGUCAUGCAAACUCCUCCAAACUACCCAUGGACUUAACUAGCCUGAAGAGGAAUCUGUCUAAGGGGCGGAUUCGUACCAUGGCCCAAUUCCAGCGGGAUCUGAUGCUGAUGUUCCAAAAUGCUGUGAUGUACAAUGACUCUGAUCAUCAUGUAUAUCAUAUGGCUGUGGAGAUGCAGCGUGAAGUCUUGGAACAAAUUCAGGUGCUGAGUAUUUGGUUAGACAAGAGAAGAGACUUAAGUAAUCUGGAAUGAGUGCCAGCCAACCCAGUGGAUGAUGGAAAUCUGUUUUGUUAACCUGGAGCUGCUACCCUGACCCUUUCUGGA